UGUCAGAGCUGUCUUUGUAUAGGCGCUCUGGAAAGUAGUAGAAGUAGCAGCAGCAGCAGCACCACCACAACCACCGCCACCAGCAGCAGCAGCAGUCAGUACAGUAGUCAGUGUAGGAGUGUACUAUCGAAACAGUUCGAGCAGCAGCUCAGGCUCGCCGGACUAAACAUCGCGACCAUUAAAAAAAAAAAAAAAAAAACAGGUGGAGACGUGUCUUAAAGUGAGUUGUUCUACUCUCCUAAAUAGAUUCUCAUUUUUAAUUCACGAAUUAUCCAAGAAGAACGUAGAAGUUCGGGGAGUCAGUGGAGCAUGAAAACCGGCAUGGAGAGAAGCCCUCGUUCCGAAACUUGCGGGUGCCUGUAAAGUCUGCUCUUCGGCUUCGUUUCUCCUUGGUAAAAAAAUCCCGGAGAGUGGCGCUUGGUUCCCGAGGAGGCUCCUGGAUGUAUGUUCUUCGUUUUCAGCACAGACUUACAACUUUGUAAAACAACACAACAAACUGAACAUUCGUUGAUAUUAGUGGAAGGGAGGGAGCAAGCAGAAGACUCGAAGAGCGGGAGAAGUGGAUGUCUGUUCGGCCAUGGAUGUGAGCGUUUACCCAGCGCCUCCUCAGCCUGUGGCCGCUUCUGAGCACAGCAGACUGGGGCAGCUCUCCUACCCUGACCCGGCCUUUGGGACCAACAAGUUGGAAGGAGACACCAUGUUCCUGAAUAUGCAAGAAACGGGCUUCGACUAUGUUUCAAACAACCAGUUUCGUGUGCCGCAGCCCCCUCAGCCCCUCAGCAAAGUGACACCUCCCAAUCCUGCCUCACAAAACUGGAGGAGGGACACGCACAUGCAUGACACGCACCGUCUGCCUUGGUCUUACUCAAUGGGUGGUUUGGGUGAUGAUGACUUCAACAUUCCACCCAUCACUCCCCCCACUUUGCCAGACCACAUGAUGCCCCCGCAUCUGCCCCACGAUUCCUCAACUGGACCCUAUCCUGCUCUGGAUACCAACACCAGCUCAACAUCACACCACCCCUACCAGCUACAGGGUAUGAAUCUGGCCGGAAUGCCUGCCAGUCAGGAUGGAGCACCUAUGCUGAACCAAGAUGGGGGUACAUUCAGCCCAGACGGGUCAACCAUGACCAGUACUCUAUCGGUGAUGCAGCAGAUGGUAAACUCUGAUUCUCGGUUUACCAGCAGCCAACAGCCCAUUGAAGCGGCGCUCGGACCCAAAAACCCGUCAGGCAUGACCCAAGCGAGUCAGUUGUCCACCAUCAACCAAUCCCAACUGGGACUUGGCGGGAACUCUGCUACUCACAAUUCUCCAUCUCCUCCGGGAAGUAAAUCUGCUACACCAUCUCCGUCAAGCUCAGCACAUGAGGACGACAAUGAUGAUGGAUUCAAGCUGGGCAGUGGAGGUGAAAAACGGCCAGCUUUUGACAUCUCCAAGAAACCCAAGACGCCAAAGAAGAAGAAGCGAAAGGAUCCCAAUGAGCCAGUAAAGCCGGUGUCUGCGUACGCUUUGUUUUUCAGGGACACUCAAGCUAACAUCAAGGCUCAGAACCCCAAUGCCACCUUUGGGGAGGUCUCAAAGAUUGUUGCCUCCAUGUGGGAUGGCCUGGGAGAGGAACAGAAACAGGUGUAUAAGAAGAAGACCGAGACAGCAAAGAAAGAGUAUCUAAAACAAUUGGCUGCCUACAGGGCCAGUCUGGUCUCUCAGAGUUACAACGAUCCAUCUGAGAUGAAGCCACCCCACUCUGCCUCAUCAUCCUCCUCUUCCUCCUCCGGCUCAAUGUUCACAUCCAAGCCAUCUGUCUACACAAGCCAGCACGCUUCCUCCGGCUCACUGGCCCACCCGCUAACACCCCCCCAACACCCAGGCAUUUACAUGCCAUACCCUCACCCGUCAAACCUCACCCAUCAUGCUUCGAACCCCAGCCUCGGACAUCCUCACCUGCCCCUGCCGCACCCUCAAAUCCAUCCCCAGCUCCAUGCCCUGUCCACAAGAGGUACUGUGCCACGGCCCAGUUUGCCUCACCAGGGCGGGCUGUCCCUCGGAGCUGUGGUGCAAGCCUCCACCCCACCUCACCAGGUCAGCCCUCCCCUACACAGCCAGGCACACCUGGGGAGGCUGCACAGUCCGCAACAGCAGCACCAGCAGCUUAGCGGUCAUUCACUGGGGAUGACACACUCGCCAGCCAUAACACAGGCCUACUCACUCCAGCCAGAGUACCAGCCAAUUGGAGGAGGCCUGAUAAAUAGCGGCGCGGUAAUGUCAUCAACAGUCGACUACCACCAGCUGAGUCGACACAUGCCGAACCAUCACCCAUCUCUUGACUGGAGCAGUGAAUACCAUGGCAACGGAGGUUCUCAGCGAGACAAAUCUUUGUACCUGAGUUAAUUUCAGAACAAAGUGACACCAAACAUCCUUCACAUCCUGCUUCUGCCACACUGUGGGACUGCAUUCAAACCGCUAUAAGAGGCAGACACUCAAGUGGACUUUCAGUCACGUUGUCCCAAGAUAGACAAAAAGUCCACACAAAAUAUUUGUAUAUCCAGAAGGAGUUGGCAACAAAUGUGAGAAGCUAAAUGGGGCAUAUUUAGAGUGUCCUUGAGAGGGAAGAGAGGAAACAGAAAGACUUCCUGCCUCUGCACGUAAAGUAGAUUAGUUCGAUUUGAGUUAUUUUAUCUACUACUUAGCAUUAUAAUGAUUUGAAUUGAAAGGAUGUAUUCCACAAAGGUUUUCAAAGCCUGGGUUCAGAAGAGUCAAGCUUGAUGUAUAUAAUGUAAAACAGGAGCCCUCGCAAAGGGAUUAUUCUCGCCAACUCCUAUCAAGGAGUAUUUGGGUCACAUUCAAAUGCAAAUUUUUAUAUAUAUCCAGCCAUCCAUUUUCUUUGCCGCUUAUCCUCACAAGGGUCGCAGAAGUGCUGGAGCCUAUCCCAGCUGCCAACAGGCAGGAGGCGGGGUACACGCUGAACAGGUUGCCAGCCAAUUGCAGGGCACGUAGAGACAAACAGUCACACUCACAAUCACACCUAGGGACAAUUUAGAGUGUCCAAUCAAUGUCUUUGGGAUGUGGGAGGGCACCGGAGUGCCUGGAGAAAACCCACGCAGGCACGGGGAGAACAUGCAAACUCCACACAGGCAGGGCCGGGAUUUGAACUCCACUUCUCAGAACUGUGAGGCAGAUGCUCUAAGCAGUCUACCCACAUAUGUACUCGUGAAUAUAUACCUUUAUGGCAUUUGGGAUUAAAAAAAAAUGGAAUAUUAUUAAAAAAUGGAAUAUUAUAUCAUACCACACACAGUAAUAAUUUCUGACAUUUCAUCAAAUAUUUGUAAAUAUUAAUACACAAAACCGAUACAUGAGGCAGUUUAAUUUUUGGUACAAAGCAAGCACCAACUCCUCAAAAUCCUCAUCUGACGUUCACAGUACUGUAUGUUGAGUACAGUAUGGUUAUAUAUAUUUUUUUCAGUGUGGUCCAAAUAGUCGUUCAUAAAAUUUUCAAAUUUCCAUUGUCCCUAAAAUAAAACAAUCAUUAAAAAACAAAUCUUUCUACCUGCUUUUGUUUGUCUUUUUGAAUAGUUUGGCUGGCCCCCGCGGUUCUAAAAAACUCGGCAAGGCAUGUGUAAAUAAUGUAAUUGUUCAAGCUGUCCCUUUUAAAUCCAGUUGACGAGUUUUCUUUCCCUCCAUAGCACGUCCGUAUAUUGCUGCAGCCAAAGUGAAAAGAGCACAACACACACAAGCCCCCGUUGUUCCCUGACGGUGGGGCUCACAUCUGUUGGGCGCACAUCCAGUGUACUGUAUUUGAGUCCUUCAAAUCCUGAAACGUCAAAUGACUAUUUGUUGAAUUCGAAGUUUUUUAUGAUGACAAAAUGAAUUUGGAUCCAAAAUGAGUGUUCAUGAGUGAGUGAGUGAGUGUGUUCAAAAGAAAGUGGAGUGGUCGCUCAAGCUGCAUGGUCUUUUUUUUUUUGGGGUCAUCUCUACUUCUCUGUGCACAGAAGCUAUUUAUGAACUUAUAACUAUUGCUCUUUUGGCUGUGUUUAAAUGUUUUAAUCAAUUUAUGUUUUAGUGUUAAUGAUGAGGAGAGAGACUCUCUCUCCUUCUCUCUUGCUCGCCCUGUAUCUUUUUUGUAUUUUAUGUGUUUUUUGGCAGAUGAAAGGACUCUGGGCAACAACCAUGAAGAUUUUCUUAUUUUUAGAUUCUAAAUAUGUGUU